AUGGUGUCCGAAUUUAGAAAGAAGAAAAUCUUAUAUCUUUUUAAAAUUAUGUGCAAUGCUGAAAGUAACUCCACAGCUGAGAAAAAAGACUACGAUGCAUCUGUGGCAUAUAUUUUGAACAUUCUACGUAAGGAGAAGAAUAGUAAGUUCCUUAAAGACAUUGAAGAAGGGGCCGCAAUGGUUUGGGAAGGUUUGAGCAGUGGUAGGGAUAAAAUAAAUGCAGAAGAAUGGAUAAAUGUGUGGGAUACAGGUAAAAGUGAGUUACUCGAGUGGCAGAAAAUGCAUUGCAAAGUUAACUUCCUGAUGCAAGAUCUGGCGGGGGAUGGUGUUGUAGAUGAAGAAGAGUUUGUAAGAUUCCACGUAGCAUUGGGAAUGUCCGCGGAGGUAACGAAGGGAGCCUUCCAGAAAAUGUCUCAAGGAAAGCCUAAAGUAACAUGGGAAGAUUUUGAAAGGCUUUACAAGGAAUAUUUACAAAGUGAAGACAAGAUUGCCCCAGGAAAUUAUGUUUUUGGAUCGACUAAGCUAUUUAUGUAA